AUGUCGACUCGCCCAUCGUCCCUCCUGCGCUUGGUCGCAAGCAAACAACAGCGUUCUCCCGCAACGUACACCCUCCACAUCCCUUGCUAUGUGAAGCCAAACGCCUCCGCUCGUCGCACUGGUAUCACAGCCGUGGGCAUUGACAAGGUCGAUAUAUCUGUGUCUGCCGUUCCACGCGACGGGGCAGCUAAUCUGGCGGUGUCGCAGGUUUUUGCUGAGAUCUUCAAGGUUCCUAAAUCAAAUGUAGAAGUGAUUCGUGGCGGGAAAUCGAAAGAUAAAAUAUUGUCUGUUGCCGAUUUGGAGCUCGGAGACGAAAGCGAAGAAGCAUUCUUGCAGCGCGCGACUCAACAAUUGAUUGAUGAUGUCAGGACACGCUAA